UCUCGAGUCAGAUCCAGCAUCCAGUCCAGAUCUCUUACUGGAAGAGAAGAAGAAGAUGAUGCCAAGGGAAGAAAGAUCCGCGAAAUAAGUAUGAUUUAUUCAACCUCGCAAACAUGGGUUCUUCGUUUGACCAAAUAGAUCGCCUAUGCAGGCUCUGCGGCACGGAGAGUCAAGACCUAAUACAUUUAUUCGAAAAUCAAUGCGGAGAGAGGAAUUUGGUGGCAAUUAUCAAGAAAUACGUGAGGGUUAGUAAUCGUGAUGCUUUACCUCAUCAUGUGUGUGGUCCUUGUGUUGCAAAAUUGGAUGAAGUGGUUGAAUUUGUGGACACCAGUUUGGCUACACAAGCAAAGUUCAGAAAACUUUUUGAAGCUGAUAACGCAUCAGGUAACAAAGUUAAGUUGAGUGAAGACCGCCUUUAUGAAAUCAUUCAAGAUGUCAAGGUUGAACUUAAAGAAACAGAGGAUGAUGCCAUUGAUGAUGACCUUGACAGUGAAGAUUCCAGUCCACGUUCUUACAAGAGGCGGGCUGCUAGUGCACGUAUGGUGAGAGGACGCAAGAAGCCUGUGAAAGGAUGUAUUGGAAAACUAAUCAAAAAGAACACUGAGAACUUGAAAGGACUUAGUUCAUGCAAGAGUGAACUAGGGGAGCUACACAUCUCGGAUGAUGUAGAUUCACCAGAUGCUGUUAUUUCUCAGAAAGUAUUACAGGAUGAAACUAACAGAAGAAUUAAAGAUGAAGAUGGCACAACAGAUGACCGACUAUCUGGCGCAAGGGAAGCUGUGUCUAGCAGUGAGAGACUGGAAGUAAAGUCGAGAUGUCCAAUGAGAUGCCAUUUCUGUGAAGCUACCUUUCACAGUUCGGAAGAGUUGACUAGCCAUGUCAUAGAAGUUCAUAAGUCUUCAGAUGUUAAGUUUAUGUGCCCUCAAUGUCCAGAGACUUUUCUGAAACUUAAUUCCAUGACUAGCCAUCAGAAAAGGAAGCAUCGGGAUACUCUACAAAGCUGCCCCAAAUGUAAGAAACUAUAUCCUGCCCACUACUUAUGGACUCGACACAUGCUUGUUCACACAAAUACCCGACCAUUCACUUGUGAUGAGUGUGAUAAAAAAUUUAAAAGUAAAGCAGAGCUUUAUAAUCAUAAAAGAACACACAAGCCAAGUGAGGAAAGAUAUACUCAUUGCUGUGAAUUGUGUGGAAAGAGGUUUACACAAAAAGCAAAUCUAGAGAGUCACUUACGGCUGCACACUGGCAGGCGUCCCUUUUCUUGUGAAUUCUGUGACAAAAGCUUUUCUCAAAGAGGGAACAUGGAGGAACAUAGAAGAAUCCACACUGGGGAGACACCUUAUGUGUGCGACAUAUGUGGCACAAAGUACAGACGACAAGGACAGUUAACUGUGCAUCAGAAGCAGCAUAAAGGAGAAAAACCGCAUAAAUGCAGAUUUUGUGAUAAACAGUUUUUGCGAAAACAAGUUCUUCAGAAACAUGAGCAUGUACACACAGACACAAGACCAUAUAAGUGUUCCUUUUGUGAAAAGUCAUUUAGAGAUCAAGGAAAGAGGAAGGUACAUGAGCGCCUUCAUACAGGAGAGAGACCUUACGUUUGUCAGUAUUGUAAUCGAGGUUUUUGUGAAUCGGGUAAUCUCAAGAAGCAUCUCCGAGUGCAUAUGAAUUACCACGUAAAGCAUUCAAGUUCAGAACCCAGUGAUGUCCAGGGAGGACCUAACAAAUUACCUGUAGAAGCAACAGUCAAUUCAACCACUUUUUAUGCACAUAUAAAUGCAGGGUCAGCCCAGUUCACAAAUGAAUGUGUUAAACCAUCCCAGAUCCUUCCAGUGCCUGAGUCCUUAGCCUUUACUGCACAGGGGAGUCACUUGUCAUCAAAUACAACACAAACAUUAGAUUCUUCAGUACCUCUUCAAAUAGGUGGGCCUGUUUCUGGAAAUACUUUGAUUACUCAUCGUCCAAUUGACGAAGCAAAUCGGAAGAACAGUGACAGAGAAGAGGAGUAUAGAGUCAGUUCUUCAGUACCAUUGCAAUCUGUAAACUGGGCUUCAUAUCAAACAUAAGUUAAAUCUUUGUUAUAUGGGCUUUGAGAAAAUCGAAGCAUUGAAUUUUUGUUGUUUGUAUAACUUGAAUAAAAAAAAAAUAUUUAUGUUCUUUUUCACAGGAUUAAUGUAGUAUUGUGAUUUAAUAUGGUGUACUACUGCUGUUCCUACGGGAAUACAAUCGCCUUUAUAUAGGAGUAUCUUUCAGAGCUAUCUGGAAACUGGUUAAAUCUUGGUAACAUGGCAAUUAACCAGGCAGUUAACAGGUGGAGUGGAAGGGUGGGCAGGGCUUACCCCUCACUCGGAAACUGUCGCCUUCACUUUUUUUCAUCCGUAAUGAUAGAUGGACAUGCUGCUGCACUUACUAUCUAUUCCAUUUUUUAGUUAGGCUAACCCCUUUUCCUCCAUCUCUUAAUCAAUCCCAUCUUCUAAUUAAGUUGAAAAAAGUAAAAGAGAAUGCCAAAAGUAUUGUUAGUAAUGAUAUACAGGCAGU